UUCUCCAAAUUCAAAAACAAGGGGAAAGACCCAGCAAAACUUCGAGAGAAAAGAAUUUCGGAGUGUGUGGAGCUGCGCAAAGCGCACAAGGAUGAAAAUUUUUCGAAGCGAAGAAAUAUUACCCUGUCGUCUCUCCCAGACGAGGACGCUCUUUCCCCUGGCCAUAGCUCCAGCGAGGAGACCUUAUCCAUUAAGGAGAUCAUUAGAGAAGUGAACUGCGACAGCAAGGCGUCUCAACUUCGGGGUUGUCAGGCAGCCAGGAAGCUGCUUUCCCAAGAGCAUAGCCCUCCUCUGAAGGAGAUCAUAGAUGCUGGUCUGCUGUCCAAAUUUGUGUCCUUUCUGGCUAUGGAUGAUGUGCCGUCUCUGCAGUUUGAAGCAGCUUGGGCGCUUACCAACAUUGCAUCUGGAACAUCUUGGCAUACACAACAGGUGGUGGAACAUGGAGCGGUACCAGCCUUCAUCUCUCUGCUAGCUUCACCGAUGCUGCACAUCAGUGAACAGGCUGUGUGGGCUCUUGGAAACAUUGCAGGUGAUGGUGCAACAUAUCGAGACAUCCUGAUUGAAUGCAAUGUCAUCCCAGCCUUACUGGCCCGCAUCACACCAGACACACCGGUUGGCUAUCUGCGUAACCUAACAUGGACAUUGUCCAACCUGUGCCGGAAUAAGAACCCAUCUCCACCCUUGUCUGCAGUCAUGCAGCUGCUUCCAUCUCUGAUCCAGCUGCUCCAUCUCAGUGACUCAAACAUUUUGUCUGAUGCAUGCUGGGCCAUCUCCUACCUCUCAGAUGGAGAUAAUGACCGUAUUGAUAUUGUAGUGAAAACUGGAAUCAUUCCUCGCCUGGUAGAACUCAUGGACCACAAGGAGCUCAGAGUUAUGAUCCCAGCUCUUCGUGCCAUUGGGAACAUUGUGAGUGGCUCUGACCUGCAGACCCAGAUGGUGAUUGAUGCGGGUGUUCUGAACAUGCUGCCCAAAUUGAUGAAGCACCCACGGGCCAGUCUGCAGAAGGAGGCGGCGUGGGCCUUGUCAAACAUCGCUGCAGGACCCUCUAAGCAAAUCCAACAGCUCAUCACCUGUGGCUUGCUCCCUCCUUUGGUAGAACUCCUCAGAAAGGGAGACUUCAAGACUCAAAGGGAGGCAGUGUGGGCAGUGACAAACUUUACCAGUGGGGGUACUGUGGAGCAGGUGGUCCAAUUGGUGCAGUAUGGAGCCCUGGAGGCAAUCCUCAACCUGCUGCAGGUCAAAGAUGCUAAAGUCAUUCGGGUGAUACUGGAUGCCAUCAGCAACAUCUUUAUGGCAGCGGAGAGGAUUGGCGAGACGGAGAAGCUCUGUCUGCUGGUUGAGGAGCUGGGAGGACUGGAUCGCAUUGAGAUGCUGGUGAACCAUGACAAUGAUGUGGUGUACCAGGCUGCACACAACCUCAUCAAGAAGUACUUUAAUAACGAGGAGAUUGAGACAGUCGAGGUUCAUGCUACUGGACUUGAGUGCUCUGAUGUUCAAAUAAGCUUUCACUUUUAAAUUCAAAACUUUGAUUCAUGUUGAAUAAAAUGGCUUAUUGUAUAUUAA